AUGCAUUUCACAUCACAUCCGUGUUUACUGUGCCUGCGGCUCUCCCUCAUCGUCCUCAGCGGUGUCCUCCUCCUCUUCUCCUCCGAGGAGUCCUCCAGCGCCGCCGCCGCCGCCGCCGCGGGCCCACCACCACGGCCAACCCCCGGCCGCGACCACCGCGGCUACGGCUGCCGCGGCCACGGCCCGCGCCACGCCGACCUUCCCCCACACGCUCGGGUCCGCGUCCGCGCCUGGGCAUACAGUUGUCCGCUCCCGGGGGGCCGGUCUCGCGCGCUGACCGACGGCAGUCGCCCUAAGACAUCCACGUAUCUCAACGCCGCGGUGGAUGCCCCUGGCUGCACUACCGUCGCCGCCUUGAUCCAGGCCGCGCCAACCCGUGCAAACGGCGGGUUCGCGACCAGCUGUGACACCAUCCCACCCCGCCGCUGUCAGACCCUCCUCCCGCGUGCCGCUCUGGACGACCGCUUCCUCCAGCAGCCGCUGCCGCCGCCCCAGCAGCAGCCACCGCUCCCCCCUAAUGGACAGCAGCUGCUUUGGCCCGCGCGAGCCGCCGCAACCCCCACUAGCACCACCACCAGCCCCGGGUCCCCCAGCCCUAUCCCUAGCCCCAGCCCUAACUCCAGCGUCAGCAUCAGCAGCACCGCCCCUGCGGAGGCCCUCCGGCCCCGCCGCUUCAGUGCACCCGUUAUUGCUCGGCUGCUGAGCGCGCUCCGUGUGUUGGUGCCGAUGGUGCUGGCGGAUCUGGACGGCGUCAGCGGCUCCGACUUGUCCAAGGUGGUUUCGGCGCUUGCCGUACUGCGGUACGACAAUAAGGUGGUCGUCGAGCAGCUGCUGCAGGUGCUGUCGCUCAAGCUGGUUGAGUGUAGCCCCCAGCUGGCAAACGUGUUGGUGUCCCUGGCCAUGUUGGGGGUGCCCCCCGACCCCUACGUGCGCUCCAAUAUCUACACGGCUGUAAGGUACCAGAUCCGCCGCUUCAUGCCCCGUGACCUAGCGCUCACGUUGUGGGCGUACGGCGCUAUGGGUACGGACGUGCAGGAGGAUGCCGUAUUGGUGCUUCUGGAGGCCAGCAAACCCAGGCUGGCGGCCUUCUCACCCCUGCACCUGACCAAGGCGGCACAGGGGCUGGCGGCGCUGCGGUACAGACCCCCGCCGGAGUGGGUGGCGGCCUACUGCGAGGCGCUGCGCCCAGCGCUGCGCCGUACAGCUUCCCGGGAGCUAUGUGCCGUACUGUUGGCCCUGGCGGACCUCCAGGUGACGCUGGACGACACCACCCGCGCCACCCUUCUCGUCCACACGCUCACCUCCCUUCCCUCCCUGGCCCCCCCCGAGCUCGCCCUCUCCAUCUGGUCUCUGGGCCGCCUCACCUCCACCGGCUUGCCCGCCCUCAUCGACCUCGACACCUCUUCCCGGGGGGUGUUCAGCGGGGGGGAGCUGCAGCAGCUGCUGGAGGGGCUCACGAGGCUGGCCCUACAGCCGCCCCUGGAGUGGAUGCAGGCGUAUGUGGGGGCACUGCAGCCCAAGCUGGCGGCGCUGGAGGCUCAUCAGUUGGCUGGCGUGUUGGGCAGCUUGGCUGCUCAGCAGUACCGCCCGGAGCCCCACAUGCAGCGCGUGGUGAUGGACGCAACGCAACAAAACAUGCGCCAGCUCCUGGCCGACACCACUGCCACCGCCUCCCUCAUCACCGCCCUCCGCCGGCUCAACAUCGAGCCCCCCCCCUCCUGGGUGGCGGCCCUCCUGGAGGCCUCGAGGUCCGCACUCAAGAACCGAGCCACGGACCUGCACCUGGCCAACCUGGCGGGGGCACUGGCGGCCUGGGGGGUGCGGCCGGAUGGCAGGUGGACAGCCCGGUUGAUGUGGCGCAGCCAGGUGCUCAUGCAGCAGGGCCGCAUGUCGCCGAGAGCGCUGGUUGCCCUGCUGCAG